AUGCACUUUAACGCUUCCUUCAUCCUCGCCGGCCUCCUCUCCAUCGCCGCCGCCGAACGCUCCGGCCCCCUGCGCACCCGCGCCUCCUCCAGCUUCCCCAUCCCCGCCAGCAAAGGCUCCGUUACCUACAAGACCGCCAAGAGCAUCAGUGCCACUUUCGACGGCGGCUACAAGACCUACGGACGCGGCGUUUCCUGCGGCGGCCAAGCCGAAGGCGGAAACGCUGACGCGGUGUUUGUGCUCGAAGACGGUGCUACACUCAAGAACGCCAUCAUUGGCAAGGAUCAGAGUGAAGGUGUGCAUUGUCUUGGCGCCUGCACCAUCCAAAAUGUUUGGUGGGAUGCGGUUUGUGAGGAUGCGUUGACCUUCAAGGGCGAUGGUAAUGGUAAGGUUAUUGGUGGUGGUGCCCGCGGUGCUGAGGAUAAGGUUAUCCAGCAUAAUGGUGUUGGGUCCAUCACUAUUGACGGCUUUACCGUCGAGGACUUUGGAAAACUUUACCGUAGCUGUGGUAACUGCAAGCAAAAUGGCAAAGCAAGAAAAGUCACCAUCAACAACGUCAAGGCCACAAACGGCAAGUACCUCGUCGGCAUCAACAGCAACUACGGCGACACUGCCACCAUCACCAACACUUGCGCUUCGUCUGUCAAGCAUAUCUGCCAGGAGUACAAGGGUACCAACAACAAUGAUGAGGAGCCUUCGACGCUCAAGGAGGGUCCUUCCAAUGCUUGUAUCUACAAGGAUGCUGAUGUUAAGCACUGUUAA